AUGUGUGAAAGUAUCGGCCAAGAAUCCCCACGCGAUUCCCAAGAAUCGGAUUUGAACUCCGAGAUCAGGAGUCAGCCGGCCCUUGGCCGGCUCAUAGUCAAAAGACAUUUUCUAGCUGAGCUAGGUGGCGACUUCAUAUUUUUCAAAAUCUAUUUCGUAAUAGAGGUCUGUUAUAAACUUGGACGAGUGGUCUCUGAAUCCUACUCCGCUUACAAUACCUUAUUCACUCCCUUUUAUUUCGGAAACUUAAACGCAAAUCUUGCUUCUACUCAACAGGAUAUCAUUGUUCUUGUUUCUCUUAAUGAACAUCGUGUUUUGAAUUCUUCUGAGAAAGAUCAGUUGGUUUCUCUACAUGGGAAAGCUUUAGCUACGUCUAAGCAAUUAGAGUCGUUAUGGUGGCAAAAAUCUCGUGUGAAGUGGCAUCUCUUAGGAGAUAACAACUCUAAAUUCUUUCACACAAUGGCUUCGAUUCACCAUAGGCACAAUUACAUCUCAGGGAUAACUAUUGAAGGCUCUUCUUACGAUUCGGUGGAAGAUAUCAGGGAGCAUAUUUUCAAAUUCUAUAAGAAUUUGUUUAGGCGUCAAACUCAGCCGUUGUUUUCUGUUGGUGAAUUACCGUUGCAGUCUUUGAAUGAUGAACAGCCAGUUGGGCUGAUUAGAUGCUUUUCCGAGGAGGAAAUUCUUGCUGGUCUGAAUAGUUGUGGGGAGAACAAAGCUCCGGGACCUGAUGGCUUCAAUCACUUCUUUUACAGGCGUGCAUGGUCUUUUUUGAAAGAGGAUAUUUUGACGAUUUUCUCAAAUCUCCAUGUAACAGGUGCUGUCCCUUUUGGCUUAAACACUGCAUUUCUAGUCCUUGUUCCUAAAUUCAAAGGUGCUUGUGAUAUCAAGGAUAUUAGACCAUUGAGCUUGAUACAUGGUCUCCUUAAAUUGGUUUCUAAAGUGUUAUCCAUUAGACUUGCUGUUGUACUGCCAAGUAUUAUCUCCGUAAAUUAA